AUGACUGUCUCUGCGGCAUCUCGCGUCCCCGUGUGGUUGGACUGCGACCCAGGCCACGAUGACGCCUUUGCCAUGCUCCUGGCAGCCUACCACCCUCGCAUCAACCUCCUCGGCAUCUCCUCAGUUCACACAACCUGGAAUGCCGCCUCCGUCCUCACAGCCAUCGGCAAAGAAAAAGACGUCCCCCUCUACCGCGGCGCCGUCAAAGCCCUAGAACGCCCUCCCGCGCACGCCCCCGAAGUCCACGGCGAAUCCGGCCUCGAAGGCACAUUCCUCCUCCCCAAGCCAGAAUGCGAGCCCGUCGACAAGGACGCCGUCGAGGCCAUGUAUGAAGCUCUCAUGGCUCAGCCCAAGGACACGGCAUGGCUCGUCGCCACCGGCUCACUCACCAAUGUUGGCGCUCUGCUCCGCACGCACCCCGAGGUCACGGCGCACAUCAAGGGCAUCAGCAUCAUGGGCGGCUCCUUUGGCGAAGGGUUCUCAGACGCGCCCCUCAGCCAUGUCGAUGACAAGGAUCGCAUCGGCAACAUUGGCCACUGGGCGGAGUUCAACAUCCUCAUUGACCCCGAGGCCGCGGCGGAGGUGUUCCACAACAAGGAAGUGGCUAGGAAGACGACUCUUGUGCCGCUGGAUCUGAGUCAUCAGGUGUUGGCUACGAAUGACGUGCGAAACAUGUUGUUGUACGGGCUGGACGGCAAGCAGGACGGCAAGGGUAAAACAACGUUGCGAGAAAUGCUCGUGGAGUUGCUGUAUUUCUUUGCCUCGACAUAUGCCAACGUAUUCGGCAUCACGGACGGUCCUCCACUGCACGAUCCCAUCGCUGUGGCCGCAGUUCUAAUCGGCACCGCCGACGAGAUCCCCUUCUCAGAAUGGCACGAGAAGAAGAGCACACACCCCAAGCACAACGAACGCUUCAAUGUCACCGUCGUCACAGAAGGCACCUUUGAGGAAGCCAAAGCUGGUACCACACAGACGGGCCGCACCAUCGCCAAGGUGCUUCCCGCUGGAGAAGAAGGCGUCAGAAUACCCCGAAGCGUAGACGUCCCGCGGUUCUGGCGUGAGAUUGAAGCGUGUGUCUCACGCGCCGACGAAGUGAACAAGAAGAAGGGCAAGACAUUCUGGGAAGAGUACAGACCAUGA